CGCCGGCUUCCGGCCCCCCACGUGACAGCUGCCUGGCUGCGCCAUGGCGGAAGCCGGGGAGAAGGAAACCAGGUCUUAUGAGGAGUCAACAGAUGAAUCUGAGGAAGAUGAGAGUGAAGAAGAACCUAAGCUCAAGUAUGAACGGCUUUCUAAUGGAGUGACUGAAAUUCUCCAGAAGGAUGCAGCCAGCUGCAUGACAGUGCAUGAAAAGUUUUUGGCACUGGGAACACAUUAUGGCAAAGUUUAUUUACUUGAUGUCCAGGGGAACAUCACACAGAAGUUUGAUGUUAGCCCAGUGAAGAUAAAUCAGAUCAGCCUGGAUGAAAGUGGAGAACACAUGGGUGUUUGCUCAGAAGAUGGGAAGGUACAAGUGUUUGGAUUAUAUUCAGCAGAAGAGUUUCAUGAAACGUUUGACUGUCCUAUUAAAAUUGUUGCUGUUCAUCCUCAAUUUGUAAGAUCCCAUUUCAAGCAAUUUGUAACAGGAGGAAAAAAGUUGCUGUUAUAUGAAAGAGGUUGGAUGAAUAGAUGGAAGCCUUCGAUUUUACAUGAAGGGGAAGGAAAUAUAAGAAAUAUAAAAUGGAGAGGGCACUUAAUUGCUUGGGCUAAUAAUAUGGGCGUGAAGAUACUUGACAUGAUCUCCAAGCAAAGAAUUACCAAUGUGCCUCGAGAUGACAUAAGCCUUCGCCCAGAUAUGUAUCCCUGCAGCCUUUGCUGGAAGGAUAAUUUAACACUGAUUAUUGGCUGGGGAAAUUCAGUAAAGAUUUGCUCAGUAAAAGAGCGGCAUGCCAGUGAAAUGCGUGACCUACCAAACCGCUACGUGGAAAUAGUUUUCCAAUUUGACACCGAAUUCUACGUCAGUGGACUUGCACCUCUCUGUGACCAGCUUGUUAUACUUUCAUAUGUAAAGGAGAUCUCCGAAAAAACGGAGGUGGAGUGUUGUGCAAGGCCUAGACUCGAUAUUGUACAGCCCCUGCCCGAGUCCUGUGAAGAGAUCUCUUCUGAUGCACUAACAGUACGAGGAUUUCAGGAAAAUGAAUGUCGUGAUUAUCAUUUAGAGUAUUCGGAAGGUGAAUCACUUUUUUAUAUCAUCAGCCCAAGAGAUGUGGUUGUGGCCAAAGAGCGGGACCAAGAUGAUCACAUUGACUGGCUUCUUGAAAAGAAGAAAUACGAAGAAGCUUUGAUGGCAGCUGAGAUCAGUCAGAAAACCAUAAAAAAGCACAGGAUUUUGGACAUUGGCUUAGCCUAUAUAAAUCACCUGAUGGAGAAAGGAGAGUAUGACCUGGCUGCUCGAAAGUGCCAGAAAAUCCUUGGCAAAAACACAGAACUUUGGGAAUUUGAAGUUUACAAGUUUAAAGAAAUAGGUCAGCUUAAAGCAAUUAGUCAUUACUUGCCAAGACGAGAUCCAGUUUUGAAACCUCUGAUCUACGAAAUGGUCCUGCAUGAAUUUUUGGAAAGUGACUAUGAGGGGUUUGCAACCCUAAUAAAAGAAUGGCCUGGAGAUCUGUACAACAACACAAUCAUAGUUCAAGCUGUAGUGGAUCACCUGAAGAAAGAUCCACAGAACAGGACUUUGCUACGAACACUUGCAGAAUUGUACACUUAUGAUCAGCGCUAUGGUAGAGCCCUAGAAAUCUACCUAACUCUGAGGCACAAAGAUGUCUUCCAGUUGAUCCACAAGCACAAUCUCUUCAGUUCUAUCAGAGACAAAAUUGUUCUGCUCAUGGAUUUUGAUUCAGAGAAAGCGGUAGACAUGCUUUUGGAUAAUGAAGAUAAAAUUUCCAUUGACAGAGUUGUUGAAGAAUUAGAAAACAGGCCUGAGUUACAGCAUGUGUAUUUACACAAGCUUUUCAAAAGAGACCACCAUAAAGGCCAACGAUAUCAUGAGAAACAGAUCAGUCUUUAUGCUGAAUAUGAUCGACCAAACUUACUUCCAUUUCUCAGAGACAGCACACACUGCCCACUGGAGAAGGCUCUUGAGAUCUGCCAGCAGAGGAACUUUGUAGAAGAGACAGUCUAUCUUCUGAGCAGAAUGGGUAAUAGCCGCAGUGCCUUGAAGAUGAUAAUGGAAGAAUUGCAAGAUGUAGAUAAAGCUAUUGAAUUUGCCAAGGAACAAGAUGAUGGAGAACUUUGGGAAGAUCUCAUUUUAUAUUCUAUUGACAAACCACCUUUUAUUACUGGUUUGUUGAACAAUAUUGGAACCCAUGUCGAUCCUAUUCUUUUGAUCCACCGCAUUAAGGAAGGCAUGGAGAUUCCUAAUUUGAGAGACUCACUAGUGAAAAUUCUUCAGGACUACAACUUGCAGAUCUUGCUGCGGGAAGGGUGCAAAAAGAUACUCGUCGCCGAUUCUCUUUCUUUAUUGAAGAAAAUGCAUCGAACUCAGAUGAAGGGUGUUUUAGUGGAUGAGGAGAAUAUCUGUGAAUCAUGUCUGUCUCCAAUACUUCCUUCAGAUGCAUCCAAGUCCUUCAGUGUGGUAGUGUUCCACUGCAGACACAUGUUUCACAGGGAGUGCCUACCUGUAUCUAACACAGUGUCUUCUGUCCAAUUCUGCAAUAUAUGCAGUGCAAAACAUAGGGGGCCAGGAAGUGCAGUCCUGGAGAUGAAGAAAUAGCUGUGGUCCAGUUCUCCAUGUCAGUCAGACACCAAAUCUGUUAGGACCAUGCAGAGGCACUGUAAUUUUCCAUUUCUGUACAUAAUUUUGAUUGUGAUUUAAAAGUGGUUCCUGAAGUUUAUCCUGUUUAUUGAAUAUUUUGAGUAAUGAGAAAAUGUGAAAAUUUUUGUCUGGUAAGUCUUUGUUAUGCAGUGGUUUCUUUGCUCAGCUUGUUACUUCAUUCUGGAACAGAAAAAAAAAUAAAACAAGAGGAAAAACCCACGCAAUUUAGAGAUUUGUGUUUGCUAUCAGUUAAUGUGCUUUACAGUUUGGAACCACAUCAGGCUUAUGGUUGGAUAUUUUAAAGGAAAAUGUAAUGCCAUGAAUUCGGCUCACCAGACUACUUCAGUCCUGAUUUAGUCUAUUAGGGACCUGUUUACCUUGAGACCCAUAGGAGUCUGACUCCUUUCAGUGGAAUUGCUUUAGAACUUGAAGCUGUGUGCCAACUCAUAUCUUCAGUUAACAAACUUGUUAACUGUGAAUUCCAUACAUUUGCAGUUUGCCUUGGUUACACAUUCAUAGUUCAUUAGAAACUGGUUAAUUUCUCAAUUAAUCUUCACAAUGCAGUAGUUUAAAGUGAGCUUUUCUCAUGUUCAACUCAUCCACAAACUUUAUUUUUAAAAGUCAGCAGUAGGUCUUUAUGCUUAUUUUAUGUAUGGUUGAAGUGCAUUUAAGUGCAAGGGAAAAACAUGUAUCUGACUUUUCAAAGGUAAGAUCUCUAGAAGUUUCUUCUGGCCUUAGCAGUUUAACAGCUAAGUUAAAUAAGUCAGUUGGAUGUUAACAAAAUGAUAGUUGUCAUUUGAACUGCGUUCUGUUUUGUUGAUCCAAAGGAUCAUCUUUGAGAAUGUCUUCACAGAAAUGUAAUCUGUUUAUAAAUUAUGCUGACAAAAUUCCAUAUAAGCAUCUUUUCCUUAAGAAAAGUAAUCAAAACUCCCAAGUUUUCUGCUUUUUAAUAACUUGAGUUUGAAAGUAAAAAUAUAUUGUUUUGCUAUCAAAUUGUACUGUUUGAACAAGUUAACAUAGUAACAUACUAAGUUCUAAACCAAUGGUAUAUACUGCAGUCUAUCUGUAAAACUGGAAAAUAUGGUACCUCUAAUACAACACUUUCUUCUAUACCUUAUUCCCGUGUAAGUACACCUCAAAAUAAGUACUACUGUGGAAACUUGGAUUUCUAGUUUAUGUAUAUUCAUAAUAUUCUUUUAAAAUCCUUUAGGCAAUUGGUCUAGCAAUCUAAGGAAUGAUUUUGUGUUGUCCAUUGUGCAGAUCUGUAUAAUACUGGAAUAAAAAUUUAUAUGUUUAGAAAUGCUAGGAUUUAUUCUGCAUGAUUACAUAGGCAAAACAAUCAUUAAAAGAAUAGAUCUUUUCAAAAGCAUACUAAUCUUCUGUGUUAACACAGAUAGUUGAGAAAAAAAAAUUGUGCAAACUAUUAAUGAAUAUAGAUUAGGUGGAAUAACAGAAGGGUAGGAAGUUUGUAGUGCAGGGAAUAGUCUGCAUACAUCAAGCUUCACCCAUAAGAAUUUGUGCCUGGCUUUGCAGCUGUUCGUUUUCAGCGGCUAGUACAUAUUCUCAGGUAUACUGUUCCUUUAUCUGUUCUUCACAACACUGAUCAGGAAAGCUGCUUUGAUUCCUAGUAAAUGAAAUGUUCCAGUGACCUCAAGGAUGGAUGUUUGAGUUUUUGCAUGCCAUGUAAAAGUUUAAAAACUUUUUUAAACCCCUCUUCUUCAGUAGCUUUAAACAGCUUUUCUAUGUUCUAUAAGAAUUGCUCUAUUCUAUACGUUCUAUUGUUCUCUUCUAAUUGUUCUAUUCUAUAUGCAUUCUAUAUUCUAUAUUCUAUGUUCUAUAAGAAUUGCAUUCCUAAGAAUGCAAUAAGCUGUCAGCUUACAGGAGGAAAAAGUCAAACUACUUGUAAAGCUAUAUAUGGAAAAGUGUCCUGUAGAUAUGAUAAUGUCAAGAAGGAAUAUUUUUUACUUCAGCUUGGCCUUAAAUUCCCUAAAGCAUUUGAGCAUUCUGUGACUCAGUUUGCUUGUCUGCCAUCAUCAGCAGUCAUACUGCAUUAUAGCCUGGCAUAUUGUUUGCAUUAUGCAAGUAAUUUUAAAUCUCUGUAUGAAAAUCUAAUCAAAAUCUUCUCUAAAUCCAAAGCUUCUUUCAUUUGGGCUUCAGGGACUACCCUUUUCAUGUUCCUGAAGUCUAAAUUUGCUCAUUAAGAUUCAUCAGGAAAUGUGCAGACUUGACUUUGAUUCACUCUUCUUCCUAAGAAGCCUUUACAUCAUAGAAAACAUCUGAUAUUAGAGUCUAAAAUAUUUAUCUACCCAAGAGCUUUUCUUCUGAAGAAGAACUUUGCGUGAGAAUUAACUGUAAAGUUGCAAAGCCUAUCAGAAAAUUACAGAGUAGCACUUAAUCAGUUUCAACUGCACUUACUUCAGAUGACAAAAUUCUUGUGCUUCUAAGGUAAACUUAAACUUGAAAGCUAUUUUUUCUCUGAUACAUCCAGUUCUGUGUGAGUUCUUGACCGAUAAAGGUAACUGAAAGGAUUUGUGAUGGAUCAAAUAAGUAUAAAUUGGUUUGUCAUAUCAAAAGAGAGAAAACUAUUUUGGCUUGUAAGCAGGACAUCUCACCCCCGCCACAAGAACUUAUGUUUUUAACCAGUCUGAUAACUUAAACAGGACAAGCUGUCUUGUAGAGAGUUAUUUUCAUGCCUUGGGAUUUAUACUGGUCUCCCAGCUACCAAAAACCAUCUUGCUGCUGAAGUGAGAUCUAGCAAGAUAGGUUGGAUUUCUGACUGACAGACACUCACUUUACAAACUAUGAAAACCAAACUUUCACAAAGCAGAAAUCUUCUAUACCUUUUCCUGGAAAUGUAUGGAGCUUUCCUCAUGAGUAGGGAUGCCUAAUUUGCAGUUACUUUGUUACUUUCCAGGGGUUAAGUGAAGGAAUCUGUCUACGUUACUGUCAUUUUGGCUGUAAGUUACAUUUGACUUCUAAUCAGUACUAUUUCUUUUGGUAGCUUUACUAUAGGUACCUUGAUAUAGUGCAGCAUUAUAUGUUACACUCUAAUCUACUAGUAGUUCUUUACUUUUAUACUUUGUAGUAAGUACUUUUAAAUUCUGAUCAAGAUUUUUAUGUGUUAUCUCUUUUCUGUUUAAUAAGUAAUUCAUUUUUAUAAAUAGACCUUGAUCUGCCAUCCUUAGAACUUGCCAAAGUGAUUUCUUAAAUUUAAACUGUUGUCAAAAUGUGAGCCUAAGGCAGGGCUUGUUUAAAGCUCCCACUCAUCCUGUGACAGGCUGAAGUGAGUCUUCAGAUGAUUUUUCUCAUCUAUCCUUGUUUUAUUAUUUUAAAUCCCCAAUGCUGUGUGAUAGGCUGGGUGAAAAUGUUGGGCUACACUGAAGAAUCUUGGGGGCCCAAGAGAGUGGGGAGCUAGAGGUGUCUGCUAAGCAGGAGGCUAUUUACUCCUGCUGAGAGCUCAGUUAAAGCGGACAGCAUCAUGAUAAAGGGUGACUUCUGCAAAAGGAGGAGUUAAUUGUUCUACUGAAUCAGCAAUGUAUUGAAUCAACUGUGUGUGGUAGUUGGGCAAGAGUCUGCUGCCCACCAUGACAUGAUUCAGUGGGUCAGUUAAUACCUCAAGAAGUUGUUCUGUAGACAGAGGUAUGUUUUCUAAAGCUGCACUACAGGAAACCUUGAACACAUUGGGUAUUGUGUGUUGGAACGUAAGUUCCGUUUCUAACACUGAACUUGUGUUACAGAGCAAGAGCAAAGACAAAAUUAUCUGCUUCCCCAUUUUUGGAUGCAUAUCAUAUUCCAUAUGGUAUCAUAUUCCAUACAUUUUGGCUGAUAAUUGGGUGGAGGUUGUCAGUAUUCUGUGUAGAAUGCACAGGUUGGUCUAGCACAUUUUCAUAGUAGGAAAUUUAAUCACUUUCCAUCUUAGGCUUAAUGUUUAUUCAGCUGGAGUCUUUUAAGCAGGCACUGUUCUGUUUUUUGCUAUUGAGUAGACUACCACCAUGGUUUUCUGCUUGCUGAGUAGAGUUACUGACUGUAAUUCAACGGAGCUGGAAUUGCAAAUAAUCUCUUGAAUAAAAAAGUCACAGUGGAUUUCCUGCUUCUGAAAUGAUGUGAUUUAGCAUUCAAGUACUGUAUGUCUGCAGUCACCUUGGAAAUACAGUGCCAUCUCUGCAGGUUGGUUGCACUGGUCCUUGCCUAUGCUAUUUGACAGCAGUUUGUAAAACUGUUUGUAGAAAAAUUCUUCUGAACAAGAGUGAUUAUCUGAAUAAGCAAAAAUCUCUCUGAGAAGCUAGUUUCCCAUCUCUUAUUGUAGAGUUCUGGCCUCUUAUACAGACAGUAUAAUUUUUACCCCUGUUUGUAAAUGCUAGACAUAACAUCAGGAUCUCUUCCUCUCUGGAAAGCUUCCCUCUCGAGUGCAUCUUUGCCAAAUUCUUGCUGUAAAUCAACUGCUGUACUUUCAAAGUAACUUAAACAAGACUAGCAAGAAAAUAAGUACCUCAUGUAGAGAAUGACUAAUUAUAUACUUUUGGUCUACUGUGCCAUGAAAGAUUAAUUUACUUUUGGAAUUAGAAAUAUCCAUAGAUUAUGUGUUUUCAAUUCUUCAAGACAAUGUGUGUUUUCUUUUACUGUAAUCAGAUGUUAAAUUAUGCAGAAAAUGGGGUAUCUGAAGUAUCUGAGGCAUCAAAUGCAGAAGAGUGUGUGAGAAGUUCUAAGAGAAGUUAAUGAGUCAUAGUGGGAAUGACCUAAAUUUAGCCUUUAAAGCCUUCCAUAAAUGGGGACCAUAAUAAGUUUUUGCAGUAGAGCAGGUCUUAGGGGUUCUGCUAAGUUCUGACUGCGACAUUCAGCCAGGAGUCUGUAAUGUGAAUGGACAAGACUGCCAGUGGCAUCUGCUCCUGGAUUGCGCUUAGGACCAGUCAUGGUGCAGGAGUCAGAAAUGUGCUGAGUGGAGGCUGAUACCCCUCCCGCCUGAAGGAGCUGCCAGAGGUGGAGGUGCAGUAGUAUAGUUAAGGGCUAGGAAGUGACAGGAGCUGCAGAGGGCACUUGAAUUGUUGGUAGGGUUUUUCUGCCCUUGCUUUUAGUCAGAUCCCAGUAGAAUUUAAGUCCAGUUACAUUGACAAGGUAAUGGUACCUUGGUGUCUGAUUGCCAUAAAAUCACAUUUAGCAAGACAUCCGCUGGAUGACACAUUCCAAAUAGUGUUCACAGAGGAUACAGAUUUAUCUGUUUCUGGUGAGAAUUAUGGAUGGGAGCCACAAUAAAUAGGUUGUGAAUUUUUUAAAAAUCAGUUUAAUUGAAAUGUUCUUAAAAAUUAGUAACUGUCAUGUUGUGCUUGCAGUAAAGUAGUAGCAUGGGAAGGUGCAGAUGACAACAGUGUUUUCUUGUGUAGGACCCAUUCAGUAGCAGCUAUUUUUGCAUGUGCUGGCACAAGAAACACUGAAGCAGUUUUCAGUGUGUCCAACUCUAGUGUGUCUCUAUUGAGUCUUCAUCUGGAAUUUUUCCAAAAUCGUGAAGAUCUUUAGUUAAGCAAAGCCAAAGUUGGGAAGCAUUUUCCCUGUGUUUCCUUGAACAUUUCAGCCAAGAAUAUAUUUCUGGCAUAACUUAGUUCUAUGCUGUACAGACUUUCAUUCUGUCUGCAGUAUCAAAAGACUUUCCAGUGAUGUGCUAAGUAUGUUCCAUUUACAUUAUUUCAUAACCAUUCUUUCUCUCUUUUUCUCUUUCUCCUCUUCACGGCUCACCACUCUUCUCUGAAUAUAAGCAUUGGAGUGUGUGCCUAUUUUUGAAUUGUGUAGUGAUUUUCAGUCAUUAUCUGCAAACACGCUGUGCUGUGUGUUAAAGUAUGUGCUUUGUAUAUCCUGUGGAAGGAUAUCCAGGUCUUUGUUCAUCCUUAGUUCCUGGGGGAGUUCAUUAUCUGGUGUCAAGCUAAGGAAAACAUUUUCCUUCAGAGGCAAACUUUCCAGGACAACAUUUUCAGUGGUGCAAAGAGAAUCACUGAGAUAGGAAGGGACCUUUCAGAUCAUCUAAUCCAGUUCCUCUGCUCCAGCACUGGUUGCUCCAUCACCUUCCCAGGGACUGAUUGAGUCUAACAAGCCUGUGGUUUUCCUGAUCCUACUUCUUGCUCUCUGAAGUUUAUUAUAGGGUUAAAAUGAGAACUAGAACUUUGAAGAGUAAGAUUUACUCUUUUCCAGUCUUCAGAAACCUCUUUUGAUUGACAUGGUCUUUCAAAGAUAAUCAAAAACAUCUUUUUCAUGCUGUAGGCUUUGUGCCUGGGUAUUUUAUAGUGUUGCAGUCAGUCCAGAAAUGAAGGCAGUAUAAACUACUGUUGGGCUAAAUCAUGUUCCCCAGCCAAAGAGGAGAUACUCCUAAAUGCUUGGCUUGGGCAGAAGUGUUAUUCACGGAAGCACCACUGAGUUCCUUAGCAGUGGCAAAAAUGCAGCAGCCACUGCCAUCUUGGUCCAAGAGCAGCCACAUGGAUGGGACUACGCAGCUGAGAUCGGGGCAGCCGGGGCAGCAACACACAACUGCAGCGAUUUCAGCAUGGCUUGCAAUGAUCUUUUUUUCCUUGGCCACUUUUAGCCAGCCAUACUGUGAACGGAAGGGCAAAUGUGGCAGCAACAGCUUUUCCAUUUUGGGACUCCACAUGGAGAGGUGCUGAGUGGAGCCAGCAGCCGGCACGGCCUGCAUGGUGCCAGCUGGGACCGCAUGACCAGCAGUGAGAGGCUCGCAAGCAAUUCCCCAGACAGGAUCAAUCUUUCAGUGUUGCAGAACUCUAUAAUAUCUUUUCAAUUAAUAGAACUUGAGAACAAAUGAACCUACAUACACCAGUUGUCUCCUGAGUCAGAGAAAAAGUGAAGAAAAGUGAGAACUAUAUGGCAACACUAAAGUCAGUGCAAAAGGAGGGAGGGGGAGGAGGAAGUUCUCUGAGUGUUGAGCUGAGAUUCUUACUGUGGUAGGUGAGUAAUGCAAUGAUUGACUCUCACAAUUAACAGGCAAAUAUCAUGUAUAUAGGUUAAGAAAAGUUUUAUAGAUUUAUAGUUAUGUUUUACCCCCUCGCAUUGUUACCAAGAGACAGCCAGGGUUGGGACAUUUGGGAGGGUCGGCUUGUCACUAUGGGAACAUCUGACCUCCAAUCAGGAUUUGAGGAAGAGAUCUCCACCACUGGACAGCAAAGAAGGCGUCGAUGGACAGAACUUUGGGAGGGGUUAAAAGGUGAAACCUCCAUUGUGUGGACGAGCACAUGGUGGGGAUAAUCCUUUGCUCCCAGCGCUGUAACAUUUUCUCUAUUCAAUCUUCUGUUCUAUUUUUGAUAAGGUUUAAUAAACCAUUCUAAAAUUAUAAAAA